GAGAAUAAGAAGCACACGGCGUAGACGAGAGAGAUUAUAUUCCAUGAGGAACUGGUUCCUUCUUUAAUUCUUCUGAAGUUACAUGUGGCCCAACAAUGACAUCCACACGACGCACUGUCAACAAUCAGCAAGGAAGUCAGGAAAUCGAAAGUGUGAAGGAGUCCAUCAAUGACAUAAUAAAUCAACUACAGGAUAUUGAUCCUUCACGCCUCUCAUUCUCUCCAUUCCUCGACUUGGACACCCAGAUUUCUUUGGCCCCUGUGUCUGACAGCCCAGAGUCUUCUGUGGAAGAGCUCCAUUCUCCCACUCAUUCCAUACCUGGCUCUCAACUGUGUCUCCAAACUCAGGCUGCCGAGGACCAUAAUGGACCCACUUACUUCAACGAACACCAGAAACCAUAUAAUCACGUGGAGGAAACCACAGACGAUCCUAUCACCAUGAACCUAGCCCCUGUGUACCCGGCUGAAAGCACUCCUGAAAGGUUCCACAUCCAACCACCUCCUCAUGGACCUAACGGUCUACCCAGUGGGGGAGAUGAACCGUGGAGUCCAUCAGGAUCGAAUCAGCUAGAGUCAACGAUAGGAGAAAGCCAUCCCCUUAUCCAAUCCCCACCAGAAGCCAUUGAACUGGGCCUUUGGACUGCACCUGACCAGGAUCACUGUGACGGGGGGUUGGCUCUUUCGGAGCACAAGAGUGGGUGCUGCUGCUGCAGCAGAUGCUGCAAAAGUGGGCGGGUUCCAGCUCUCUGCUCAACUGUUGCCUGCCUUCUGUGUCUGCCAGGGAUUCUGUACGCGCUAUAUUUAUACGCCCCUGUAGAAGCACCUCUGUGCCCUGACACAACUAGCCGACUGGUCUUCACUCUCAGCUGCUGUGCAGUUGCUGCUGUUCCUAUCUUGAUUGCGAUGCUGACUGCCGGUGUAUGCCGGUUCUGCUCUGGUUCCUUGAGGCCUGUGGUGGAAAAGCCCAAUUCUGCGGCUCUUGUGCAGGUCUUUGUGGUGGGCUCUGUGGUACAGCUGUUCCUUUACAUCCUCAACCUACUCAUCCUGGCCACCUUUUUGCCUCAGAACCAGCUGAGGAUGAUUCCAAUCCUAGCUGGAGUCUUCAUCGGAGGAAGGAUUAUCUACUGGCUGUUACUUCACACCUGCAGCUCCUGGAGAGCAUUUGGAUCAGGACUCACCAUCUUCCCUCUCCUCGCCGUGUUUGCUUUCAACAUCUAUUGUCUGUUUGACCUCAGCUCAAGGGACCUUUUCUUUGGGUCGCAGGAUGUGUAUGCUAACGACACCCGUCCCUCAGCCUGGCCCCAAAACAUCUCCAUGAGUCUUGGUGACACAUAAGACACUAAAGGAGAGAGCGGGGAGCUCUCAAGAGU